AUGACAUCUUUAACUUCCGCUAAACUAUCCUUCUUGCCUUAUUGCCUUGUCAUCUUCUUGUUUGUUUCAUCACCAAAUUGGGUUGCUUUUCCUUCUGUUACUUCAACUUCUCAUACUGAAGCAAAGGCUCUUCUCAAAUGGAAAGCCAGCUUAUUUCCAAAUAAAGCCCUCAAUUCUCUCACCUGGUAUGACCCUCCCACUCAUAAUGCUACCAAUUCUUCCAGUAGCAAUCCAAAACAAAAAACAGGCCCAUGCACUUGGACUGGUGUUUCAUGCAACGCAGCUGGAAGUGUCAAUGGGAUAGACCUUUCCAAUAGGGGUAUUCAAGGUAUGCGACAUGAAUUUUCAUUCUUGUCCUUCCCUAAUCUUGAAUAUCUUAACCUUAGCUUGAACGAACUCUUUGAUGCCAUCCCACCUCAAAUCAGUAACCUCUCCAAACUCCACUAUGUCGAUCUCUCUGUAAAUGAGUUGUCUGGGAGAAUCCCACCAGAAAUCAAUCUCUUGAGAAAUCUUACAUAUCUUGGUCUCUUUGUAAAUCAUUUGUUGGGGGAAAUUCCUCCAAAUAUUGGUAACUUAAUAAAGUUAAACAUUUUGUGCUUGGAUGACAAUAACCUUUCUGGUUUGAUUCCCAAGGAGAUAGGGAACUUGAAAUCUCUUGUAGAACUGUGGUUAUCCAACAACAAUUUGAGAGGUCUCAUCCCUCCAAAUAUUGGUAACUUAAUAAAGCUAAAUGGUUUGUAUAUGUACAACAAUAAAUUUUCUGGUUUGAUUCCCAAGGAGAUGUGGAACUUGAAAUCUCUUGUAAAUCUAGACUUGGGCAAGAAUCAACUCAAUGGUUCAAUUCCUGCUUCAAUCGGUGAUUUGCGCAACUUGGAAUCCUUCUACCUAGCUGAUAACCACCUUUCCGGACCCAUCCCCCAAGAGAUGGAGAAUCUCAAGAUGUUGACUAAUUUGCAGUUGAGAAACAACCAAUUUUCUGGUCAUCUGCCCCAAAAUAUUUGCUAA